UAAAGACUACGACGGAAGCUCGCGUGGACUCGGCUUGAACUCUGUUGUAUUUUCCUCUCCAAACUGAAUAUUUCACUAAUAAUGUCUUCAGUUCAGCGUCUGAGGGAGUUUAUCAGAGAGCGACUAACUGCUGCUGCUGAAGAAAUCUUCACAGAGGUUGAAAAAACCAUCUUCCGCUACGAGGAAGACAUCAGACUGAUGGAAACCUGCAGGAACCCGCAGAUAAAACUCCACAGAAUCGACCUCACAAAGUCUCACACUAACAGUGAGGAGCCUGCUUUGGUGAUCCAACAGCUCAGUGACCAAGGGAGGAAGUCCAGUCAUGACCAGAAGGAAUCUGAACCAGAACAUUUUAAAGUAGAGAAUCAGAUGGACGCAGAUCAUCCUUUUCUUGAAGAACAGGAAGAACAAAGAACUCCCUGCAUAAAAGAGGAAGAAGAGCCCCCAGAAGCUGUGCUGAUCAAAGAAGAAAAUGAGGAACUGGCACUAAAUGAAGAACUGGAUGAACCAGGAACUUUGUGCAUUAAAGAGGAGGAAGAGCCCCCAGAACAUGAACUGAUUAAAGAAGAGAUUGAGGAAUCUGAGUCUACCUGGGCCAAAGAGGAACAGAAGGAACCAGAUUUACUACAGAAUAAAGAACAUUAUGAACCAGGACCUCCAUGGAAUGAAGAUGAAGAACCAGCAUCUCUAUUACUUGAAGUACAAGAGGAAGAAGAUUCCUCAGCCUCUAUUUAUGAACAGUGGUUGGUAGAACAUUUGCCUCCUAGGAGGGACCAGAAGGACUUAUUUAGUAGUGACACAACUGAGCAGCCUUUCUUUCAUAGGCCUCCUGUAAUGGAGAAUAGAGAUCAGCAGGCAAGCAGCUCCACUAUGACAGAGAAUCAGUUUCAAAGGGACACAGAGAAAGUGUCUUUCGUAUGUGAAAUUUGUGGACGAUCCUUGAAGGAUAAGAAUUCAAUGAAAAAACAUUAUAAAACCCACACAGGUGAAAAACCUUUUUCUUGUCAGACAUGUGGAAAAAGUUUCUCCACAGUUGCUCAUUUAAGAGUUCACAUUAGAACCCACACAGAUGAGAAACCUUUUCUAUGUAAAACAUGUGGAAAAAAUUUCUCUCAGUUAAAUACUUUAAAUAUCCACAUGAGAUCUCACACCGGUGAGAGACCAUUUUUAUGUAAGGUAUGCGGAAAAAGUUUUUCUCAGGGAAAAGCUUUAAAUCUUCAUGAGAGAACCCACACAGGUGAGAGACCUUUUACUUGUAAGACAUGUGGAAAAAACUUCUCAAGAGUUGAUCAUUUAAAUGGUCACACCAAAACCCACACAGGUGAGAGACCUUUUCAGUGCAAGACGUGUGGUAAAUGUUACACUCAUCUUAGUAGUUUAACUUAUCACAUCAGAACCCACACAGGUGAGAGACCUUUUCAAUGCAAGACGUGUGGAAAAUGUUACACUCAUCUUAGUAGUUUAACUUAUCACACCAGAACCCACACAGGUGAGAAACCUUUUCUUUGUAAGGUAUGCGGAAAAAGGUUUGCUGAUGGUAGUAAUUUAAAUUCUCACAUGAAAACCCACAGAAAUGAUAAACCUUUGCACGUCUAAGGACACAGCCUGGUGACCUCUUGUGUAGCACUCACCAUUUGACUGGUGAGCUUACGCCUAUGCUCUCUAAUCUUUCAAAAUAAAACUUCAUUUUACAUAUCAUCACUUAUCCUUUUUUCUGUUUACAAAAUGUCUUUUUUUUUUUUUUUUUAGAAUAGUGCAAAAAAUAAUUAAUCAAUAAAAAUGUCUAAUGUCACACCAUUCUGUGACCCCAUUAUAUAUUGUGACUCAAGGAAGUGAUGUUGUGGAUUCUCCUCUCAUGUUUGCCAUGUACUAACUUUAACAUCACAAGGUGCAUACCGAAACCAGAUAUAUAAGUUAAUUAUAAAAAAAAAAAAUCUCUGGAAGUAUCACAUUUACCAUUAUUUUAUAAGCAACAUAGAAGAACAAAAAAAACAGACAUUUAAUCAACCAAAAACGACAAUUAUGAUGCUUAAAAGUGUGAAAGUAUGGUAAACCAGUUUAACAUUUAGUCAGUAAGUUUAGCUCUCUGGAAUUAACAUUAUUGAUAGCAGUAAAUGCUAUUUUUACCUUUAGGAACAUCCUUGUGAUUAGUAUGACUUGUCUAAAUUAAUUAACAUAAAACACUAUUCUGAAUAGUCAAAGCUGCGGUUUAUAUUUUGUUCGGUCAAAGCUUAAAUACAGAUAUCUAAGUGCAGAUAUCUUGAAUAGGAGUUUUGAGUGGACAAAAUUAUGUUGCAGAUCAGAAAUGAAUGUUCAGUCUAGCAAUGAAAUGUUAAGGGUUUAAGUUCACCAGCAUGUCAUAGUGCUCAUCCCACGGCCCUCUUCAGGCUGUAGCAAAACACAGCUGGUUUAACAUUGGCAGACUGAACUUCCUCAUGAAAUUACAAACAAAAAAUAGAAAGUUAAAAACAAUCCACUGGACUUUGUUUCAAAGUUUAGUUUCCUCAUGAAACUAAGAGAAAAAUAGCAAGUAGAGACAGAUAUAGAUUUACAAUUAAAGUGUUACUAGCAGGUUUGGCUUUGAAAAAACUUUUUAAAAAAGAAAAGUCACUGUUAAAACAAGACUUAAAUAAGAUUAAAGUUUUAGAUGGCAUAAUCUCUUUUUGGAGAAUGGUGCUGCUUCUACGGUACACUGCUGCUCAGAAAGAAGGUAUGUAUUGAAACUCUGUGUAUGUUUAUACACCUACAAUGGUCCUUGGAUGGAUAUAGGGACACCUUUUAGAAUGUGCCAAAUUAUACAAAAGUUUAAAUUUUAUUUUAUUUAUUUUAUUACAUUAAGUGUAAUGAAACCUAUGACCAGCUUGUGACACUAAUAUUUAGUUAGAUUUGCAUUUUUAAAUACAGUGGUAUUGAAUGUUCUGCUAGAUAGUUUGUAGUAUUAUAAUUGAUGGAUAAAUAUUAAUUUACAUUGAAAGGGUUUCUUAAACUUUGAAAUCAUGUUUAUAAUUGUCACAGUUGCAUGGAGGUUUUUGAGGACCAAAAAUACAAAAAAC